AUGGCUAUGUCUGACCAUUCUACGAUUUCUCUAAGUUUGGAGGGUCAUUUCCCUUGUUGUUCCACUAGGAGAGACUAUUUUAAGUUUGAUGAGUGUUGGGCUAAUAAAGAUCAAUGUCGGCAAAUUGUCAAACAUGUUUGGGAGAAUACCGAUGACCCUUUCUCGGUUAAAGUGGGGAAGUUAGGGGAUAGGCUUAGUACUUGGAAAUGGGUGAGAAGAGGUCAAGAAAAGAGGGAUGAGAGACGUAUUAGAAGCCACAUUCUUCGGAUUGAUUCAGGUCCAGUUUCAGAUGAGUCAUGCGAGCAGCGUAGGAAAGCGUUGGUUGAGCUGAAGGACAUCAUGGAUAAGGGUGAGAAGUUUUGGCUUCAAAGAUCCCGUGUUGCGUGGCUUAAAGAUGGGGAUCGUAAUUCUACUUUCUUCUAUUCUAGAGCAAAUGGACGUCGUAAAAAUAAUUGGAUUGAGGGGGAGGAGAGUGAAGGGGGAAUUUGGUGUGACAAACUGGAGGAUAUUUUUGGUGUUGCAACAAGAUGUUUUUCCUCUCUCUUUCGAUCUUCCGAAUCGGCACCUGACGAUGAGAUCCUUCAAGCCAUUGCUUGA